CUCUGUUUUGCUCUCUCUCUCUCUCUCUCUCUCUCUCUGCCCUAGUUUUUCGCUUCUCCACGGACCCAAAAUUCCUUUUCCUCUCGAGGAACAGAACCAAUACUACAACCUCCGAAUCUCUCGCACAAUUUGUUGUUGAAUCUACUUUGAAUCCUCUUCACCCGAGUUUAUUCAUUGUUAAUCAAUUAAGCAGUUUUCAGAUUCUCUUUCAUAGCUGGGGACGAAAAACGAAACCUUUUUCACGUGCUUCUUUGGCUAUUCCAGCUCUUGAUUUCAGAAUUUGGAAGAUUAGUCGUUCAUUUGUGCGGUUGUCUUUAAAUUUAUGCACUUUUACAUGGAACCCAUGUUUUAGUUUGAUCAACAUUGAAGCCUCUGGCGUAAAUGUUAUUCAUAUACGCAUUGAGAAGGUGGCUUUGGCUCUGUAACCUAUCCUCCUUGCUUCUCUUUGGUUCUCUUCUGUUCAGAAGUUUGGUGGGUUUUGCUUUGUUUCUCAGCUAACUAUUCAAGGAAUUGGGUCUUUGACCCAAAAGAGAAUAUUGUAAGCAAUUGAUGUUUGGUUAACGACCCGGGAAUAAGUAUGAGGAAAAAUGUUAAUUCCCACUCAGGAAGAAUGUUUAGCGAUAGGAAAUGGAGUCUUCCAUUUUUUGCGAGUGUGAUCGUAUCGAUUAUGCUGUUUUUGACCGCCAUUUUUGGGCUAUUUAGCUCUCCCUAUGUCGGAGAGCAAUUGCCAUUUGACAUUAUCUCGUUUUCGAAAUCAGAGGACUCUAGCGGUUACUUUGUUGAAUCGGAUUUGAGAAGAUCAUUGGAAACUAGUGGGGUAUCCAAAACGAAAGCGCCUAGAUUGGCGUAUUUGAUUUCGGGGACUAAGGGCGAUAGUCAUAGGAUGAUGAGGACCUUAGAGGCAGUUUAUCAUCCCAGAAACCAAUACAUUCUACAUUUGGAUCUUGAGGCACCGCCCCGCGAAAGGUUGGAACUAACAAAUUCGGUGAAGUCUGAUCCAAUGUUUCGUGAAGUGGAGAAUGUGCGUGUUAUGGCUCAAUCGAAUUUGGUGACUUAUAAGGGUCCUACGAUGAUUGCUUGUACCCUUCAAGCGGUUGCAGUUUUGUUGAGGGAGAGCUUGGAGUGGGACUGGUUUAUAAACCUCAGUGCUUCAGAUUAUCCUCUCGUGACACAAGACGAUUUGCUUCACGUUUUCUCUAAUUUGUCUAGAAAUACCAAUUUCAUUGAGCAUAUGCAGAUUACUGGAUGGAAAUUGAACCAAAGAGCAAAACCAAUCAUCAUCGAUCCGGGCCUUUACUUAUCAAAAAAAUCUGACCUUGCAUUGACCACUCAACGUCGAUCACUUCCCACGUCAUUCAAGUUGUUUACAGGUUCAGCGUGGAUAAUGCUAACCCGGUCCUUUCUUGAGUACUGUAUAUGGGGAUGGGAUAACCUCCCACGAACUAUUCUUAUGUAUUACACAAAUUUCAUCUCCUCUCCGGAAGGAUAUUUUCACACUGUCAUUUGCAACACUCCAGAAUUUCGCAACACCGCAAUUAGCCAUGAUCUCCACUACAUUGCUUGGGACAGUCCUCCAAAGCAACAUCCCAUCUCUUUGUCAAUGAAGGAUUUUGACAAAAUGGUUAAAAGCAAAGCUCCAUUUGCCCGAAAAUUUGCAAAGGGUGAUCCUGUCUUAGACAAGAUUGAUAAGGAGCUUCUAGGUCGCACAAACCGUUUUACACUUGGGGCAUGGUGCGUCGGGAGCUCGGACGGUGGGGCUGACCCGUGCUCCCUGCGUGGCAAUGAUACGGUGUUUAGACCAGGUCCUGGUGCUGAGAGGUUACAAGAAUUGCUCGACUCGCUGUUAUCUGAAGAUUUUCGGAAAACACAGUGUUCGUGACAAAGGUAAGAGUUGGAUAACCCCAAUUGUACAUUGGUGUAUUCAUAGAUUAUACGACUGAUGUAAAGUGGCAGAAUUUUGUUUUCUUAAAUAUUAAUUGAACAUUCAA